AUGAGUUCCAUCGAGGUGCAGCCCUACUUCGAAGAGCCACUGGGCUCGCUGGCAGAAACGGUCAACAAUGAGCGGUUCAUAGAACUCCCACUAUGUGAGAUAAAGCAGAAGCACGCCCACCUUCCCGGAGGAGAGAAGUUUAUCCAGGACUCGCAGGCGAACCAGACUGGCAAGACCCACCCGCAGACCUCCGACCCCGAAUGGCGGAUUUAA